UUUUCAAUUUAGUAGAUUUUUGACGUUGCUGGUACUUGUACUUGUCGAAUCGAAAUAAUCAAGAUUUUUUCAAUGUAGUGCUCAAUAGGAUAUCCUAUAGUUUUAUUAGGACUAAUAUUCAAUAUGUUUAAAUAAGUUCAAUUAAAACGAGGUCCAUUCAUGACGCCCACGAAGACGGUUGAAGUAGAAAUGGUGGUGAUACGGAACAGAAAAACUGUUAUGAAAGACGGGAUCAUGACAAUGUCGGGUAUCGGAGAGCCUUCAGUUUUCCACGCGUUGGUGGUGAUCUUUUUGGAGUUCUUCGCGUGGGGACUGCUCACGAUGCCGAUCAUGACUGUGCUGAACGCGACAUUCCCGGAGCACACGUUCCUAAUGAACGGACUGAUAAUGGGCAUCAAGGGGAUCCUGUCGUUUCUGUCCGCGCCUCUGAUCGGCGCGCUGUCGGACGUGUGGGGACGCAAGUUCUUCCUCCUGGUGACGGUGUUCUUCACGUGCGUGCCCAUCCCGCUGAUGACGCUCAACACGUGGUGGUUCUUCGCGAUGAUCAGCAUCAGCGGCGUGUUCGCGGUGACGUUCUCGAUCGUGUUCGCGUACGUGGCCGAUGUGACGACGGAGGCGGAGCGCUCGCGCGCGUACGGGCUGGUGUCGGCCACGUUCGCCGCCAGCAUGGUCAUCUCGCCCGCGCUCGGGACUUACCUCAUGCACACGUACAGCGAGUCGCUCGUGGUGGCCGCCGCCACCGCCGUGGCCGUGCUCGACGUGUUCUUCAUCAUGGUGGCCGUGCCCGAGAGCCUGCCCGAGAAGGUGCGGCCGAGCGGCUGGGGCGCCAACAUCAGCUGGGAGCAGGCCGACCCCUUCGCAGCGCUGCGCAAGGUCGGCGCCGAGCGGACCGUGCUCAUGCUGUGCGUCGCCGUCUUCCUGUCCUACUUACCUGAAGCCGGACAGUACUCGUGCAUAUUCAUGUAUCUGAAACUAGUGAUGGGCUUCGGCAUGGCGCAAGUGGCUAUAUUCAUCGCAAUAGUGGGAGUGCUCAGCAUCGCUGUGCAGGUGGUGCUCGGGUUCCUGAUGCGCUCGCUGGGCGCCAAGCACACCAUCAUGCUGGGGCUGCUGUUUGAGAUGAUGCAGCUGAUGUGGUACGGGUUCGGCAGCCGCUCGUGGAUGAUGUGGGCGGCGGGCGUGCUGGCCGCGCUGGGCUCCGUGACGUACCCCGCCAUCAGCGCCUACGUGUCCGUCAACAGCCGCGCCGACCGACAGGGCGUGGUGCAGGGCAUGGUGACUGGUGUCCGAGGGCUGUGCAACGGACUCGGCCCAGCCAUGUUCGGUGUCAUCUUCUCCCUUUUCCACGUCGAUUUAAAUGAGGAGCACGCCGCAGCUGGGCGGCCAGAUGAAGAAAAGUACGCUAGAUUAGUGCCGGGACCUCCGUUUGUGUUGGGUGCGUUGCUAGUGAUUUGUGCUCUGCUCGUGGCCGCGUUCCUGCCGGAGGACGGCACGGUGGGCCCGCGCCGCUCGUCCCCCGACCUGCGGUUCGAGAUCGAGCGCGGGCGGCGUGUGGCCGGCCCGCUGUCCCCGCUCAUGGCGCCCGAGUCCGCGGCGCUCUAGCUAGCGGCCAAGGCCGGACGGGCGGCCAGCGUGUAGACGGCAGCGGCGAGCCUGCGCCGAGAGAUUGCAUUUAGAAGGUACCAAAGUGAACUCUGUGAACAAAGUGAGUCCACAAUUCUAUUGCACCGACUACAUUCCUGCUACCAUCUGUUUGUUUCCGCUCAAGCUCUAGCAUCCGAUUUGUGAAUAAUACAUUGUGAUGAUUCGGAAUGUUGUUAUUGGCUAAAUAUCCGAGACUACACUGCAUGUUAGCCCAUAGUAGUUUAGCCAAUUACAAAUGAUCACAAUGGUUGCAGCGUGUUACAGUUGCACGCCAGGGCUACUGAUACUGAACUAGUUGAUGUUUUUUAUACUUUAGAUUUAUUUUUGUAUUAGAUUCUGCUCUUAAGAGUGUGUACAUAUUUAUUAAAUUAAAAUAAAAUUGUAAGAUCGUUUCAACUCCUGGUUUUGAGCUUUACAUCACACACAACAUAAUAUUAAUUGAACUAAAUACUUAACUAAAAAAUUGCAGUUUAUUAUAAUAACUACAUGAAUACAGUCCAUUUCAUCUAUACUAAUAUUAUAAAGCUGAAGAGUUUGUUUCAUUGAACGCGCUAAUCUCACGAACUACUGGUCCGAUUUGAAAAAUUCUUUCAGUGUUAGAUAGCCCAUUUAUCGAGGAAGGCUAUAGACUAUAUUUUAUCCCUGUAUUCUUACGGGCAUGGGAACCACGCAGGUAAAACCGCGCGGCAUCUACUAGUAAUUCAAUAUGACAAUUUAAAUGUGAGUCACAUAUUUAGGAGUGGAGUCAUAUCAUAUCACAGGUGCUUAUCAGAACUUUAUAAAAUUACUUCACAAUAUGAUGUAUUGGAAAUACCUAAGAAGGUGAGUUAUUAGGAGGGCAAUUUAAUGCAAAAGUCUAUGUAGUAAAUAACUGAAGAAAAAUAUAGUUUAUAUGACUAUACAUAAUCAAUGGAGGAAUCUCCAAAGCCUAUAAAUGAAUAUCCAUACAGAGCUAAAUGGAGAAAUUGUAAUGUUUCACUACAUCAUUGUUUUAAUGCAGUUUGCAUUAACUUCAGGCUUUUAUGUGAUAUUAUAAUUAUCAGUAUUCAUUAAAAAACAUAUAAAUAUAAAUGAUAUUAUCCAUUCUAAUCCAACUAAUUACAGAGCUUCAGCAAAUCCCAAAAUAUAUUGGCUUAUUCUGAAAGUUCCAGCCAACAAAAUAUAGUAUGUAUCAUUUGGUUCAAAUGGUUUGGUUUGGAUCAAAAUAAAUUUGAACAUUGUAGGAUUGUUAGGAGCCCAAGUUAUAUGGCUUAAAUAAUAAAGAGAAAAGAUUUGAUUGUAUGUUUGUUUAUUUGCAUUGAAUAGGCUACAAAACUACUGAAUGGAUUUAAGAAAUUCUUUCUCUGUUUGGACAAUACACUAUCCCCAAGUGCUAUAGGCUAUAUUUUAUCCCCAUAUUCCUACAGGGAUGAGAACUGUGAGGGGGGGGGGGAAUAUGGCAUAAAUGUUGUAUAGUUGUAGUGAGCCAAGUCAUAUGUUUACUUUAUAUUUGUCCUUCGCUUGCUCGGUAUUAAGUAUGUGAACAAAAAUUAAAAAAAACAAUGCCAGGUAAAUGAAACAACAACGACACACUCACAGGCGACCUUUGUUUAUAUCAGCUGUACCUAAACUAAGCUUUAUGAAAAUCCCCAAAACUGAGUUUGGCUUGGCCAACUAGUCGGCUGACUAUUUGGCAUAUUUGCAAUCAAAAUGUUUAAAAAAGACUAAUAAAAAUAAUACAAAAUGCUAUUUGAGAGGAAAAUUCCAACAAAUAAAAUUUAAAUGUUGCUCAACAUUCAUCUAAUUCAGUUCAUACCUACAUGUCCGCACUAACUGUAAAUCAAGGUUAUCAGUAAAACUAAUUUGUGGUAGCAAUCUAAUCAAUAAAAUGGUUCUGCUGACAUGAACUACUAUUUAUACUUUAUGAUAUUCAUUUUUCCAUAUUAUUUACCUGUUGUGUUUUUUACAAUGUGGAACUUUUCUUGGAGAUUAAAGAACAACAUUGAUUUUUAUAAAUAUACUAGCGAUCCCAUGCAUUUUCACCUGCAAAGCUCCAGUUCCUGUGGGAAUGGAGGUGUAAAAUAUAGCAAAUGUUGUUUGUCAAAACUAGUUGAAGCAUUCUAUUUGUAAAAGAAUUUUCAAAAUCAAUUCAGUAAAUCUAAACAUUGCCCCUAUAACCUCACAAACCUCUUUAUAAUUUUAUAAUUUAAUACAGAUGUAAUUAAAUAUACUCAUAGUAUAUUAAUACUAUCAAUGCCCUACAGUUUUAUCUGGAUAUAUUCCAUCACCAUGGAAAUAUUGAGAUAUAAGUAGUCUUUGUGCUGUCCCAGACUAAUUUAUCUCUGCUAUAUUCUAUGUAUAUCUGUUAUUUAAUAGUUACUAAUGCUCGGUGUAUGAUGUAUUUCAAACUGUACACUAGUUGGUACAGCCUUGUUUAUUUCCUGUGAUUCAUAUUAUAAUUUCCUUAUAUUACCUGCUUCCUAUUAUGCAUUAAUAUAAUUUUUGUAUUGUAGUUCAGUUAUGGUAAUAUAUUAUUAAAAUUUAUUGAUCUUAUCUUUAAAGCUAUAUUUAGAUGAGUAUUGUAUUAAUCAUCUAAAAAAGUCCCACAGCUAAAUAACAUGCAAGCUUGAGUGGUUCUUUAAAUAAAAUGAAUAGUUAUUAUUUGUUUCAAUCUAUACUUGUAUACUAUAAUUAUAAAGAGGUAAAGUUUACGGUUUUGUAGGGUGUAAUCUCUGGAUCUACUAAACCGAUUUUGAAAAUUCUUUUACCAAUAGAAAGCCACAUUAUGUGUGAGUGUCAUGGGCUAUUUUAUCUCCCUAUUCCCAUGGAACUAGGACCUAUGUGGGUAAAACCGCUGGGCAUAGGCUAUAUUUACUAAUAAAGAAGCUUUGGCUGAUCAGAUCACAUUAAAGUUUGUAAGUUUAAAAAUUGCAUAGGUAAGUAGUCUUUCUUUAAAUCAUCAUUAGGUAACAUUAGGUUUCUGUCCCUGUCAUUGAUAUCCUCUAGAACUCUUAUGAAGCUAUUUCCCUCUUCGUUUCUUAUAUGCAUGGCUAGGGUAUGGAGCUUUCUCUCAAAGUCAGUAUUUCCUAAGUCUUGCAACCUGGGAAUCUUUAAGAUGAAUGUGAAUAGGCAUCUUCUAGACAUAAGCUUUCCACCUUAGGCGACAUCUACAUUUACUGUCAGGCGAGAUUGUGGUCAAGUGCGAACUUAUUCUUUAUAAAAAAAAUGUGAGUCGUCACGGGACGCCUGGCAGAUGUGAAACAUCGACCUUGUUUUGUAAAAGUAAUAUGCAGAAAAGAACAGUGGGAGAGAAUCGCACAAUCGAUUGCGCAUGGCGUCGCCACCACCACGCCAUAAUUUAGAACCCUAUGGGUAUUAAAUAGAGGUAAAUGUUUAUGACACAGCGGAGAGCGCCGGCAGGCACGUUCGGAUACGAUGACGUUGCAGUUUCGCUAUCAGCUGACCUUACGUUCAGUUGACUCCACUUGUUAGUCAUAGCAUUUCUACGCGCCGUUUGUGUUCAAUGGGAAUACCGUAUUUUUAAAUAAGGUUUUUAUUAUAUAGGUACGUGCAUUUGCUUUAUUGUUCCAAACAUUAUUUUUACGUGUAAUAAAAAAAUAUUUAACGUGUAACGUUAUGUAGUUAAAACAAAUCUUGUAGACAAUCUAAAUAUCUAAAUACAUAUAUAAAAGCGAAAGAUCACUCAUCACGAAAUACCGAAAACCGCUUUAUGAAAUUUGGCAGGGAGGUAGUUCAUACUAAGAACGGAUUUUGCGAGGGCAGAAUUAAGGAUAUGAUUAUGUUAACACCCUCUACUUAACUAAUACAUACUAAAUAUAAAAAAUAAUAGAUAACGUUUAUUCGAUUAAUAAGUGCGUUUAUUCGAAACAUCCUUUAUGUUUCGAAUUUUCGAUUUAAGAAAACCUUUCAAAACAUCAAAUUUUUAUUCCCGACUGCAAUAAUAAUUUUGAAUCUGAGUUAACAAGAUCGUAUGCAGCGAGCGAACGUGAAUAAAGCGUGAAUUUUCUCACACCGUCCGCGUCACUGUAAAAGGUCAUAUCUUCUUUAUCGUACUGAGAAUUUAAUAUAACAGCUAAACCGCACCACCAACCAGUAAGCUUAAAAUGUGCGCCAAGAGAUAUCUCACGAAGACAAAGACAUAUUAUGGAUCAAAAGUGGCCGAAUAGAAAAUAUCGCUCGCUUCGUCUCAGCGCUACGAAAGAGCGAUAUUUUCGAUUCGGAAGCUAUUGGUCAACAAUAUAUCUUUCUCUUCAUGCGAGAUAUGUCAGUGAUGCAUCUUAAGCCUACUGGGGGGUAAUUGCAUAAUUGACCGGAUUCGUUUGACAGCAAAUUCGUUCCAAGUUGUCAAUCUGACAGUUUUUUUAGGGAUUUGACAUUAUAUGGUUACCCCUGGGUUGGAGUUGACUUUGAUCAGGGUCAAUUACAAUCAAGAAGAAAUGACCUGUACGCAUAGCUUGCACAAUUUUUAACUAGGGUAGGUACAAAUUGUACGAAAUCGAAAAUUAUAUAAAUAUGUGGGUGUUUAUAAAUUCCGUUUUCGCUUCAUCCAUGAUCCAGGCAUUAGUCGACCGAGCGAUGCAUCCGAUACGUACGAUGCGGAUGUGUGGACGCCUACCACAAUACGACGCACGUCAUUGGGAAUUGGUUCCGUUGUAGGUACUAUGUAGGUACACAGAUUGGCAACGGUGACCGGGCCGGGCUGCAAUCGGUCCGAUCACAAUGCACCAUUCAUUCUGACACAAUGCAGUUUGUUUUUUAUACCGACUUCAAAGAGGGGGCUCUCAAUUUGACUUCUUUUUGGGUGUAUAUGUUGCAUUUUUAUUCAAUUUUAUGUACUAGUUAGUUAAAACUUUUUUUUAUUAUUAAAUACUAUCAGACGCCACGCGGUUUCACCCGUGGUUCCCGUUCCCGUAUGAAUACGGAGAUAAAAUAUAGUCUAUAGCACUCGAAAUGGUGAAGCUUCCCAAUAGUGAAAAAAUUUUUCAAAUCGGUUCAGCAGUUUCGGAGCCUAUCCAAUACGUACAAACAAACAAGCAAAUCUUUCCUCAAAAGUUUGCAUUGGGCUUUGAAACUACUGGACUGAGUUGUAAAAUUCUUUCAUCAUUAGAACCCUGAUGGACAUAUGCCAUAUUUUAUUUCCACAGGAUUAAACCGCAACACGGCUUCUUGUCUGCUUUGAGAUGGUGAUAACAAAAAUUGCUCAACUAAAAAUAAUCCAUCAUACCUGUAUCGACCAUUUGACCAUCUGUAUAUAGGCGUGAAAUCGAACCCAGUUCCUUAGUGAAUGGUUUUAAAGGACUAGUAUCCAGGGCCGUAAAAAUUAAAAAAAAAUCCCAAUCUCGAUGUUGACAUUUGAAUUGUACUCAAGAGGGUAGUUCAUCCGACGUUGCGGUUUAUGAUUCAAGACCUCUCCGUCGAGAGCUCUCCGAACAAGAGGCCUGUCGCUUUCUUCUACGCAGACACUCGCAAAUAAAAUUAAUGUGAACAAGUCACUUUGAAUACCUGUGAAAAUUUUCGUUGUCGAGAUUCUAUUUUUAAAUUCAUGUAAACGUGGUUGCUUUUUUUUAAUACUUUACAGUUCUGGGUUCCUGGGUUUUUGAUUUAUCUAUACUAAAACACUGUCACGAAACUUUUUGUUUAAGUUUAUGCUCACUAAAGGUAGAGAAAUGGAAAAUUUUGGGAAUCACUCAUUAGUGGGGCAAUAUACGAUAGAUUAGAUAUUGUACGUAGUAGAUAAACACACUGACGCGAAUACUGUCGUACUUUACCGGCUUUAUAAUAUUUGACAAGCACUUUUGAAACGUAUCUACGAACGUACGAAACAUACUAGUAAUAGACAAAUUUCGAUUUUUGAGUCUAAAGCAUAGCAUAUAUGUCGUAUCACUUUUCCAGCUGUUCUGCUUUUAUAUAAAACGUAAUAAUGUUAAAGACGAUGAAAAGAUACAUGUAUAUUUACGCGGUCGGCCGCUUUUUUGUAAAGUUAGGAUAUUCUUAGUCUACUUACAAUGGAUUUCAAUUUUAAAUUCUACACUCUAUGGGGGAAACGGAUUACAUGAUACUUACAAUGUAUACCUAUUUUAUCCGUUCUAAACAUGUGUUUUAUUUAUAUCUUAAUGUUAUUUUGUAAAACUUAACAAAACGUUUUGUCUAAAUGCUUCAAUUUUCUUAAGGUUUCAAUUUCCGGCAACUCUCUAGAUAUUGGUUAGUAUCAAGACAUGUAAUAAUUGCCUAAUUCAGUUUGACGGCCUCCGUGGCGAACAUGCUAGCCGGCUUCUAUCUUAGAUUGAUCAUCACUGACCAUCAGGUGAGAUUGUUGUCAAGGGCUAACAUGUAAAGAAUAAAAAGAAGGUGUAUACUAUAAAAGAAAGGCGUGUUUCUUACAUUAUUUAUAACUCGAGAAUGGCUCUACCGAUUUGGCUGAAAAUUUGUAGAGAGGUAGCUGAGAAUCAGGAGACGGACUUUUUCUACCAGAGUAGGGGUAGGAUGGAAGCCGUGAUAGCCCAGUGGAUAUGACCUGUGCCUCCGAUUCCGGAGGAUGUGGGUACGAAUCCGGUCUGGGUCAUGCACCUGCAACUUUUCAGUUGUGUGCAUUUUAAGUAAUUAAAUUUCACGUGUUCCAAACGGUGAAGGAAAACAUCGUGAGGAAACAUGCAUACCAGAGAAUUCUCUCAUUUCUCGGCGUGUGGAAGUCUGCCAAUCCGCAUUGGGCCAGCGUGGUGGACUAUUGGCCUAACCCCUCUCAUUCUGAGAGGAGAUCCGAGCUCAGCAGUGAGUCGAAUAUGGGUUGAUAAUGAUGAUGAUGAUGAGGGGUAGGAUAGAAGUAGGUGCAUAUAAGUCAAAGCGAAGCUUGUCUAGUUUAAAUAUAAAUAAUAAUAAUAAUUAGUAGGUAAGUUACCUACCGUUGUCUUCAUUCGUUAUCUAGGAGCCAUGUAAAUCACCCGCGGUAUCUAAGCAUUUGAAACUGUCCGCUGUGCGUGUAUUGAUAACAGUUUUAUCAUAAUUAUUUACGUUUAACAAUUCUACCUGUGUUUACUUACUAGUUAUACUACUUGAUUUACAUUUCUAAGAAAUAUAAAACCGAUUAAUACAGCCAAUCUAUUCUGGGAAGUCCGUUUAGCAUUGAGAUGUGAUAAACUGUAGUUAAAAGUUUUAUCUUGUGAAGUAAAAAAGGCCGAAUUGGAAAUAUCACUGUCUCGUUCAUCCUAUUGCAACAAAAGAGAGAGCCAUAUUUUCAGUUCGACGCUAUUGGUGGACAAUACCUACGUCAUUCUGUCUUCACGAGAAAUGACCGGUUUAUGGCAGGCGACAGGCGUCCACAGAUCCACAGAUCUAUGGACCGUCCACAUAUCCUCGCGCAGUAGGUACCCUUUUUCGGAGCACGGGAACAAAAUAUAGCAUAUGUUUCUCGCUGAUAAUGUAGCUUUUCGUUGAUGAAAAUAUCGUUUAAAUCUCGAAUUAGUCCGUUCAGUAAUUUCGGAGUCUAUUCGUAAUCAAAAAAUCUUGCUCUACUUUAUUAAUUUUUAAAAAUAUUAUUUUAAAACGCAAUGUAAUGAAUGACAGGCGUCCACAAAUCCGCAUCGUACGUAUCGGACACAUCGCAUCAAACGGAUUUUAGUAUUCUUUAUGUAGGAAGUCAUAUAGGUAUGUGCAUCCGCAUCGAACGGAUUUUAUUUACCGCAAAAUUAAAAAUCAGUUUGGUGCGAUGCGUUCGAUAUAUAUUUUACGUAGGAUACAGAACUGUGAACGUCUACCAUUACAUUGUGUUUUAAAAUAGUAUUUUCGAAAAUUAAUAAAGUAGAGCAUGAUUUUAGAAAUAAAGUAUGGUUUAUACCACAUGAAGUAUCGAUAGCUGUUAGCGACUGUGACUAAUAAUAACGCAAACAUAGUGUGACGCAACACGUCACAGCGUUACGCUAAGGCUCCCUGCACACUGCAUCCGAUACGAAUCUAUACUAAUAUUAUAAAGCUGAAGAGUUUGUAUGUUUGAACGCGCUAAUCCUACUACUAGUCCGAUUUCAAAAAUUCUUUCAGUGUUAAAUAGACCAUUUCGUUAUCGCCGCGUUAGCCGCUUUUAAAUUUACAUGUUUAAUUUAAUUUUUAUAAAUAGUGUAGGAAAUAGUAGUCUGUGACGGAUAUGACGUCGCUCGAUCUCGUGUUGGCUUCAAUGUGCUCGUGGCGUUCGAGCCGUCCACAUCUCUUGUUGUGUAAUUCUUUAUGGGUUACUUGGAAUAGGCGGGGAGAGUGACUUUAUUGGAAAAGGGGAGUGUUAGUCGACUGUCAAAGGAUCCUUUAACCCUACUCACAUCGUUCACAAGUACGUGACUUCACUCAAGGUCAUUCUCUGUCAUUCUAGGGUCUUAUUUUGGUUACAGUUUGAUUUGUUAAUUAAGUUGUCCUGACAAGUGUUGUGAAUUAUAUUUGUUCGACAUUAGUUUUCUCAAUUUUUUAAUCACCUUUGAGUCCACUAAAAAUUUAUCGAGGAAGCUAUAGGCUAAUUUUAUCCCCGUAUUCCUACGUCAACGGGAACCACGCGAAUGAAACCGCGCGACGUCAGCUAGUAUAAUAUAAAAAUCAAUGCCUCUUUUCGUUGUAAUUUUAUAACUCAGCUAUCCAAACCAAAUGUUUAGGCUUUGUUUGGACUAUUUAGUAGAUGGUUCAUGCAAAGUUUGCACAAAAUCGGACGAGCGGUUCUUCAUUUAUUAAAUUUUUUGUAACAAAUGAAUUCAGGGGUAGGGUAGGGAUAGAUAGGGAAGAAGUUAAAACAAAGCUUGACCGGAUCUGAUAGUCCAAUAAUAUAUAUAUAUUUUUUUUCAUAAAAAAAAUAAUUUGCCAUUUUUUUUAAAUAUGAACAACUGUAUUAGUACGAUAAUAGUCCAACGGGGCGGGGAUCGAACCACCACCCCUCGGUGAUGAAUCCACCAUUGAGCUACUGAGGAAUUAAAGCCUUAAUAUUCAGUUGUAUGCAGCGCCGGACCGAGGUAAAUUUUAGAAUGGAGCGAGAUCCAAUUAUGGCGCCUUUCGCGCACGUAAAUUCAUCACAUAAAUUUCUUUUCGAUCUUGUCUUUACCAUUUCGGCGCCCCCUAGGAUUUGGCGCCUGGAGCGACCGCUCCUUUCGCCGUAUGGACGGUCCGGCCCUGGUUGUAUGCUUCAGUCAUAUUUAAAAGAUAUAGCUCCAACAGCAUUCUUAGCAUCCUUUGCACAUAUCACAAAUCAAAAAAGCUUUCGAGUAUUUGCAAGUCAAAAUUAUGCACAUUGCAGUCCAGUUAGCUAUAAUAAUUGAGCUUUUCGAAGUUAAUUACGCGAAAGAAGCGUUCCAAACAUUUCCGCGCGUUAAGCCCGACAUUGACACUAAAACCAGAUUUCGAUGACGCAAUGUCAACAGUGUUCUAGGCUUGUUCGGCGACCGUCAUAUUCGAUACACGUUACGAAAUAUUUAUACAUACGUGACGUUCUUGUUACUUACUGUUAUAAUAAUAACAAAUUUUUGUUGCAAAACACUUGAACAAUCAUUUGUAAGAAAGCUUCUUCGUGUUCUUAGCAUGCGUUGUGAAGUGUAAACUCUAUUGUAGAGGCGACAGUUUUCCAUAGAAGAUAUGUUUUAAAAAAUCUGAAACUUACUAAUAUACCUGCUAAUCAAACAGGCUUGGUUGACUUUUGUUUUUGAAAGAUUUUAAAGAUGUGCAGUUGCUCCAAUUUUUAAUUGGCAAUAGUGGCAAUAUAGGUUAAUGUAUGACGUCAUAAACUCACACAUAAAAUGAAAAAGAAGCCCUCCAGAAAGCCAGACAUAGACUAUACAAAUGAAAGAGAUAAAGAUAAAAAUUCCCAAUGCACUGGAUAUGCCAAAACCUUACCCAAUUCUAUUGAAAUUGCACCAAAUUUUUAUAAUAACUAGCGGACGCCCGCGACUUCGUCCGCGUGAAAGUCGAUGUAAACUUUUAGCUACCCCUACUCUAUCCCUACAUACAUGUUGUGGAGCAAUAAUUGUUCCAAAAAUUUUACGUGUUUGCGCACCUUUAUUUAGCGACUGAAUAAAAAUAGUCAAUCGAUUUCCAAUAAAAUUUUUUGAACAUUUGUGUCAACUAACAAUCUAUAAAAAAAACUUGAUUCCAAAAGUAUUUAAUUAUCAGAAAAUGUGUUUUAUUUCAAAUGGAUUUUCCUAAACGUUAUUCCCAUAACAUUUUCAUUAUGAAGUGGAAAGGAUAUGAGCAUUAUCUCAAAGUGGUGUUUCAGAAGUCAAGUAGAAAAAGCUUUUACUUUAUCUAAGUCUAGAAAUUAUUUGAACGUAAAUCGCUCUGCGUAUCACUAAUUAUGUACAUUUUUUACGAAACGCAUACAGGACAUCCAUAAACUAUUGUAUAUUUUUUUAAAUAUUUAUACGGAAACUGAUGUAAGUGUUUGAUAAUAAAAAAGAACUCGUUUUACGGGUUUUGUAGGUAGUCUUCGUGGUACGUGGUAUUUUGCUUCUUGUUUGCAACUGUUAUAAUCAUACAUAACUGGACAAAAUAAAAUGCUUUUUGUACAUAAUUACUUAAUUGUCAGUUCAGUUUUGGAUUGCAGUAGUAUGUUUUGUUUAAAAUUUUAUUAAAACAGUUGCGGUUAAUUGUUUUAAAUAUAUCAUCAAUUUUAGUAAUUCAUAUAAGUACAUAACGAUCUCAUGGUUCAGUAUUGUUGUCAUUGUUCCAUCUAACUGGCGUCGGCUCAGUAUGUCAUCUUUUCCAAUCACUUCUACUAUCUCAACUCGUCAAUUAUUUCUUUAACACACUUAUCCUCUUUCACAAUAUCCAACCAUAUCUUCCUUAGCCUUCUUUUCCUUUUGCGUAUUUCUACUUGCAAUAUUACCAUUUGUCAUCCAUCCAAUCAUAUGAUUAGAUCUGCCUGUCUGCCUGCAUGCAACAAGAACCAUGAAUCUGUUGUCUAAGCCACUUUGAUUUGUCCAAGUUUUACUCAGGCUUCGUUUUACUUGGCGAUCAGAACAUUAAAAAUACUCCUGCUGUAUUUCCAUAUACGGUCAUUUUGAACGUUGUGAUCGCCAGGUGGAACGCAGCCUCAGACAUGCCCUGGGUCUGUAUCUGUUGCCUCUUUGAUAUGCCCAAGAUUCACUCAGAUACUCAAGUCUGUUGUCUAAUUCUCUUUGAUUUGCCCAAGUCUUACUCAGUUACUGGGGUAGUGGUUUAAUCCUCUUUGAUUUGCUCUAGUCUCACUCAGAUACUCAGGACUGUCCAAUCCUCUUUGAUUUGCCCAAGUUUCACUUUAUUAUACCACUUAAACGUUUUGACCCUGUUAUAACUGUAGAAUCAUCAACCAUUGUUGUAUUUACAGUGCAUUUAUAGCAGAUCAUAUUCCAGUAAUGGCGGCUAUUUCUGCCCACGCACACAAUAUUGCAAUUCGUCGGCGCGCGUGGCUCGUAAUUUACCACUUUACGUGACUUCAUCCACGUACUGACGUAGGCGCGUUUUGGGUAUUCACCAGGCAACACUAAAUUUAUAUCUAUGAAUUAAAAAAAACACUUACGUAGUUAAAAAAUAUUUUAUCUAAGGCCCUGAGUUUCUGAACAUCUCCCGACAGUUAGUUCAUGGGCCAGGCCAUACUGCUGUUAAUUAUGAUUUUAGUUAGAAUAACGAGUAUGACAGGUAACUGUAACGAGUAAAAUUUUCCAUCAUUAUAGAAAUACACUGAAAUUUUUAAUUGGACUUACCGGAUCUAUAUCGUAUAUACACGUAAAUCAUACAAAAAAAACAUAUCAUAAUCGGUCCAUUCGUUUACAAUAACGACAACUUAUGAAAGGGCCUUCAUUUUUACUUUGGGGGUUGAAAAGUCAUAAUUAUAAUGCUUUCUCGAUUUUGUACCCUUAUCCAUCGAUCUAAUAUGUUUGCCCUUAGCCUUAAGUUACAUUUUUUUCAUAUCUCGAAGACUCUUACCUUUAGCCUUUGUCAAUGUCAAAGCUAAUAUAAAACCUUUUAAACACAAUAUCAUCUUAUAACUCCAGUAAUAUAAAGACUCUUUAAUCACAAACCUUUAUGCUUAUUCUUGUGUGGACAAGUAUUAUGUACAGAAGCUUUUCUUUUUUCGCUGUACAUUUCUUUGUGGCGGAAUUUCGCCGCCUUUCACCCCCCACCACCCCUUCAACCGGGAAACAAGGGGGGAUAUUUGCCCUCUCAUUUUCAAGUGCAAUUGUCUUUUUCUUCCCACGCGGUUGCAUUGAUUUCAAUGUCAACAGAAACAAUACGCGGUCUUAAGUAAACUGAUGCUUUUAAUAACUGACCCAUAUUAUGAAGAUUAAUUGUUAAAAUAAAUCUAUUCCAUGAAGUCUGUUUGCCUUUGGCUGUGGAAGGAAGAUGACAGAACGAGGCAUUUGUUUAUACUUUACUAGCGGACGCCCGCGACUUCAUCUGCGAAUAAUUCGUGUAAGCUUUCUUUAUCCCUUUUCAGCCCUACAAAAGUUGAAUUUUAAAAAUUCUAGAAUCACGUAACAUUUUGUAUUCAUUUCAUGAUAUGUGCACAUUAUUUUAUAACUGUAACUCUAAAAAUGAAGGACUUCCUAUAUACAUACUACUUACACAUACUUUCAACCCCUAUUUCACCCCCUUUUCUUUUUAUUUUAGGGACAAAAAGUAGCCUAUGUUCUGCUACUAGGUCCCAUUUAUUACUCGUAGCAGUAGGUUGCAAUUAUAAUUGAGUUUCAGCAAAACUAACUACAUACUCGUAGAAGGAAACAGUUAAAUUUAACUUGUACUCGGUAAACAGUCAGUAACACAGUUUAUCAGUUAAGCGCUGAGUAAAUUGCUACACGUUUGCAAUACUUCAGUGUUUUUCAUGUCAGGGGCGAUAACAAAAGGAAAAACAGCUAGUUUAAAGAAAAAAGUUCAUUUUUAUUAAAUACAUAGGUACUCGUAAUCACUUGCAAUUGCAAAUUAAUAAUAUUAUGCUAGGAGUAUCUCUGCGUGAUCGAAUCAGAAAUGAGAUCUGCAGAAGAACCAAAGUCACUGACAUAGCUCAACGAGUCGCGAAGCUGAAGUGGCAAUGGGCGGGGCACAUAGUUAGUAGAGUCGAUGGACGGUUGGGUCCCAGGUUGCUAGAAUGGCGACCUCGCACUAGGAUGACUGACGACAAGAAAGUCGUAAGGAUUCGCUGGAUGCAGGCGGCUCAGGAUCGUGUUGUUUAUAAGUCCCUAUAUAGCCUUUGUCUUGCAAUGGACGUCCAUCGGCUGAUAUAAUGAUGAUGAGAUUGAAUAGCAUUAAAUUAAUGUACCUAUUAUUGAAUUUCCUUCGUUGGUCCAUUACUUAGCUUUUCUUCAUGAGAUCCUGUAGUCGAGUUCUGAAUCGGGAUCUGAGAUAUUAAGAUUAUUUAUUUCAAGAAAUUCUUAGUAGCAGCGUGAGGUUAUAAAAUUGGUGGAGGCACCUCUGUGCCUCGAAGAGUUGGUCAUUACCAGCUCAUAGUGAUAUUAUCGAAUCAAUCGUCUUAUCAAGUACGGUAACAGUGUAGUUCUCCAAAUCCCUCCUGUAAUAAGGCUCUGUAGGUGACUGGCAAAUAGUCUGAGAACUGAUUUGCAGCAUUUCAUUGUACAUAAUAUCUCACCAGUUGCAUGCACUUCAUAAAUACAUAAAUGCAUUGCCAACCCUGAGGACAUUUUCCAUAUUGUAUUAUUUGUUAUGUACUUAUACUGUCUACGUUAAAUGAAUUUUUUUUGCACGUGUCAUAUUCUACUGUUAUUUCUUUAUUCUCUAGCAUUUUUUCCUCUCUAUGUACGUAGUUCGUAAUCUGAGGUAAAAAUACCUAACCACUCAUAGUUUCACUCCCGAGGCUGAUUAGAUUGGUCGACUGCCAAAAAACCCACGCUAUAAAUUGGAUAUCUAUUCCAGUUUUAUGGGAAAACCGUACCAUAACUUAUGUAUUACAUUAUAUAAAACCAAAUUGGUACAUUUUUUAGCUGGUAGAGGUUUUUUCAGGGAAUAGUAAGCGUUAAAAGAACGAAAUCCCCAUUAGAAUCGGGUCAUGAAUAUGUUUUUAGAAUAUUGCGAACAUACAAACAUAAUAUUUUAUAUAUUAAACAAAGAACAGCAUUCUGUUUUUGAAGUUGGUUAAUAAAUUUGAAGCUGAUGAAAAAAACCAAACGGUGUUAUGACACAGUUGUGAAAAACUAGCCGAUGCGGUUUUAUCAUGACACUCUCAAAUAAUGUGACUUUCUACUGGUAAAAGAAUUUUCAAAAUCGGUUUAGUAGAUCCAGAGAUUACUACCUACAAACUUUACCUCUUUAUAAUAAUUUAUUAUAGUUGCCUUAUAUUUUCCUUUUGCCCAAAAGCAGAACGAUUUAUAUUUCCAAGUUUGUAGCAGAAUGAUUUUAGGUUCUAUCUAUUUUUAAACUGUAAGGGAUGUCUAGUAGGUAAUUAGAACAUUUCAAAUUUCAAAGUACUCAAUCUUUGAAAGAUAAUCACAGAGCUCGCAUUCUGUGAACAAAUUCCACUUAUCAAAAUCUGAAAAACGCGCAAUGACUUGACUAUUUUCUAUUUAAAAUUGAUACAACUUAGAUGUUAAAAUCAAUUGAAGUUUUUGAUACUUAACCCCUUACCGCAUACGGAGCCACACAUGGCUUCGAUACUUUAGGAUUCCUUGAAGUAAGAGGAUGCUUCUUACGGAAAGAAAAGAUUAAAAACAACACUUUUCUAAACUCCCGAUACAAACUAUUUGAUACUUAAAAGUUAAUUUUAACUUUAACACCAUACCAUAAAGUUCAAGUGUUAAUGGAGAAGUUCCGGGAAAUAAUUAAAAUACCCUACCUCUUCUCUACCGUUACGGUAGGGUAGGGAAGAAGUGUAAGUCAAAGCUAAGCUUGACCGGAUCUGCUAGUUUUGGUAUAAAAAUAAUUUAUACCAUAAUCGGAAAAUAUUACGUUAGCUAUACCCCAGCGAGACAGCACCUAUAGAGUCUAUAGACCCUUUCUUUUGAUGUCUGAUAAAAGGACAAAGUGUCUGCUUAUAGGUAUAUACUAGACUUUAUAGGAGUUCUCAUAAUAGAGACAACAAACACUACAAGACUGUUGUUCUCAUCAUUCCGGCACCGAUAAGGCGCCGGGGUUUCUAUUGUAUAAAACUGUCUGACAUUCUCCUCAUAGCUCUACUAUCUAUUUGCUUUACGUAUUUAAAACAGGGCAAUUAAAAGUUAAUACAAUAAGACUCAACUAAAUAAGUUUCAAGAUAAAAAGAUAUCCGAGUAUCAGUGAAAAUGUUUGGAAAUAUCGUUUUAAGUAAAUAAGCAACAUGAGCAUCUUAAGUCCAGGUCAUUAUCACCAACACCUGAUAUUGAUAAUAGUCGCUUUUUUAAAGAUAGGAUUCACUUGGUAUUAAUACUAGGUGUUGUACAAGGAGCCCAUUAUAAACAAGGUUUAGCUCCCGAGCUUUACCGAGGAAAUAACUAGCAAUUGAGUUAUAAUGGAUUUUUAGUUAUGUCCUAUUGACAGCUAUUACUUAAACGGUUUAUUUUAUGUAAAAUUAAAUGUACAAUUUUAUAACUCGUUGGUAAGAGAUAAACAAAAAGAAUAACCUUUGUCACCUAGAGCUAAACGUGGUGUUUUAUUCCUGCUAUCGUGCUUUAUUUGCUUUACGUGCGAUGGAAAGCUUUGUCUAUAUUGAAAAAAAAAAUUAACAUGACAAAUGUUGUCACUUAUUAGCUUAUUAGCUGUGGUACGAUAACAAAUAUUCUAACAUGCGAUAGAGCCUCUCCGAUAUGAGAUACGGAACCUUGACCGCGGUAUAAAUAUUGCCUCUUUAAAUAAUCAACAUACCCCAGAAAGAAACUGUGACUUGCAUGUUUCAUUGCAAUCGAUCGCCCACUAAUCGAUUCACUGCAAAAACACUGCAGUUUUUAUAAGUUUUGUAACCGCUACAGUAUGCGAUAUCUUCAUUUUGUCGUCCCCAUAUAAAACGUGCAAUUUAGCGGAGAGCAAGGACGCCGCUGGCUGGGUGGCACGAGUAACCUAUUUAAUACGGAUUUAAACACUAUACUCUCUCUGCAUUCUGUGCCUUAUAUUAUCAGAUUCAAGGACGUCUUUUUGUCUACAAAAGCAAAGGCUAAUUUUUAUAUCCUGAUAUUUGUGGGCCUAUUCAGAUCUACACAUACAUACACAACUCAAUGGCUCUACAAGUGAAAGAUUUUAUGAAAUUAAACCAAAACGGCUAAACAGAUUUUGAUGCAUUUGACCCAGAUAUAGACUAGAUAUAGGACAUAGGCUACUUUUAAUCCGGUAUUAUUAUAGGAACGCUCAGACCAAUUAUAGAAGGACCUGUAUCGCACAUAUAGUCACGAACAAAAUUGUCUGUCAUUUGAUUGAAAAAAAACGAGCUUAGAUUUGGUAUAUAUCAUAAACUAAACUAGAAGUUUUUGCCCGAUUUUUUACACAAUUCAAUUACACAAAAAGGUAUUUUUACGGAGCUCUUUAACCGACAAACACGAUUACAACUAUUUAACAUCGAUACUAUAGAUAUAAUUGGUCUGAAUAGGAACGGGGUACUACGCGACAUUUCUUUUUUUAAAUGAUUAAAUGUACCUAAGUGCGUUCCAAUUUCAAUUUUUAAAAAAUCACGCUAAAAUCUCAAAUAUUUCAAAAAAUAUCUCGUUGACAGCCAUGUCAUAACAAAAAUAGUCUGCAAUUUCAGUCCGUAAUGAGUGAUGUUGCCAACUGCUGUGUUCUUGAACUUGCCGCCAUUUUGUCGGCGGGCGCAAAUUGCUCCUCACUUAUGUACGCUAAUCAAACUUUGCGGUCUUCGUUGCAUAUUGCAUUCCAAUCUGUUUACUUUGAAUCAAACUUUGCUAUUAUAAUUGUAACUCCAUAAAGCUACGAAUUGUAAUACAUAUAAUUUAAGUAAUAUACAUAUUGUUCGAAAUUUAAAAUAGUAUUUUCAUUUAUAUUUUUUUCGUUUCUCCCUUGAAUCAGGCAAAGAUUGAUGACCAUUCAGUCUUAUUAUAUUUUAAUUAAAGUAACUCGUUUGCCAGGUUUUGGGUACACGGCAAUACCCAAUUUUUUCAAUUCCUCAAUAACAUUUUUGCAUUUGCUGUAUUGCGUGCAAAAACUAAUGCAAUAGACACGAUAACCUUAUUUCCUACGGUGUUGUUAUCUAAGAAUCCACUUCAGAUAUAAACAAUAUUGAUUUAUUUGCUGUUUGCAACAAGAUAAUAAUCUAAAAAAUACGUGCAGUCAUUCUAUUUGUUGUCACAAUUUCUAUUUAUGACUUAUAAGCAUAGCAGCAUUUUAAUUAAAACUCUUUAAUGAUUGAGCAUUUAAGAAACACUUUAGACACAAUAAAAUAUUAUGUACACUUACCUACCAUAUUUUAUCGUUGAAGAAUCAAUAUUGAAACUGGUACUUACUAGUCCUGCCCUUAAAAAAACUUAUGUUCGAUUUCUUUAGUUUUACAACAUCGAUCUCCUAUUUAAAAAAUGGAUGCACAAUCAGCGACCAAAAAACGUCCCUACUCAAUGAGUGCCAAACAGAACUUCUUGGCACUCAAUUCAAGUAGUCGCAUUUGCAAAUUCAACCUUAAACUCAAUCUUUAAGGUUGAAUUUGGUUUUUAUGUAUAUUUAAAGGCCUUUAUGUAUAAUUUUCUUUACCAAUAAUUCUAAAACUGUCAAAUCAAAAUUGGCCAGUUUUAAAGAGAAAUUUUCUGCAUGAAUUGUGCGUCCUUUUAUUAUAAGAGGUCAAUGUUUUACACACAUUUUCAAAUAUUACUGUCGGCAUUCUUAAAUGACCAGUUAAUUAAUUAUUAUUAAUCAAUUAGGUAAUCUAUUUCUAAUUGGAUCGAUAUGGACUUGACAUUUUAUUAGAGACGUUACUUAUUCAUUUUGUUUUUUUUUCUGUGUGAUGUAAGCUCAUCGAGGUACUUCUCUACUUACUGAGUAUUACUUUUAUUUUGUGUUUUUGAAACGGACUCUUGUUUUGGCGAGAACUGUAAAAUACUAUUUUUGACGUUGUAAAAUCACAUAUUAUUAUUCUUACUGUUCAAAAUAUACUCCUGUUGUAUUAUUUUGGUAUGAAGUGAAAAUAAAUUAGUAUAACAAAAUCUAGUUCUCGCCGAAAGUCCCUCUGUGUUUAUUGUUUGUAUUUAUAUAUUUAUUAAAUAAAAUUGUUAGUUUAGGAGCCAAGUGUUUAAUGUUAAUUUUGUAAAUAAAUUGUAAGAUAACGUAUUGUUUCCCUCUAGCGGGUAAGUGUUGAGGCAUUCACAUUCUAUUUGUGUUGGGGACUAUGAUGGAGUGAUUCUAGCGAGUAAUUCUAGUUAUUACUAAUCCUCUCGUAUUAUAAAUUAAGAUUAAAAUAAAUAUAUUAUACAUUAUGUAUCUCAAUAGGUGCCUCUGAAAAUAUGAAGGAUGCACUUAUGUCUAAGAACCAAUCCACAUAAUUUGGCAAAUCUUUAUUGAAAAAAAAUGCUUGAAAAUUUAUAUAACAGUAUUUUAUACUCUAACUGAGUAAAUUUUUGGUCUACAGAUGCGCUAAGUGUGUUUUGAAAGCUUCAAUAAGUAGAUUUUGGCAUAUAUGUGGAUUAUGGAUUGGUUCCUUUUUGCAUUUGUGUAUCCUAUUAUAUGUGGAUUUGUAAUAUAGUGAAAUGUCCUAUCGACGUAGCCGAUGAGCCUCCCGUUCGAAACGCGCGAGUUUAAACAAUUCCUCGUUUUGCGUGCAGCGCCAUCUAGUUAACCUUAUUAAAGGUAUACAGAGUUAAACUGCUCUAAAAGACUUAUUAUGGCAAAUUUAUACGUGUUUAUUUGUUAAAAUUUCUUUUACAAAAUCCUUAAAAAUUGUUUAAAACGGGAAACCAUCCAGGCUACGUCUUCCUAUUUAGAAUAUUCGAUGAAAAAUUAAGCACUUGUAAAAUACGGAUAAAAGCGAUAUUUUUGUUAUUGAAAUAAAAAGCAACAUAUCUCCGCUAUGUUUGAUUAAUUUGAGCACUCCGUUAUGAACGUUAUUUAGAAUUUUUGUCAAAAAAAGAUGGCUGCAUACAGCUUGGAGGUUUUUUUAUAUGUAAAAACGCCAAAAAAGUAGAAGCUUAGCGUAUAGUGAAUAGAUACAUAGCGAGUAUUAUUAAUUGUAGCGGUCUUCGUCAGUAAUUGCGACAGUGAUGUGGGGUCAAUUAAGUUACAUUGAAGCACAAAAACACGAGAGUAUAAUGGAUAGUCAACUGUGUAUGCGAAAUUGUCUCAUAUACGAACGAAUACAGAUUAUUUAUUGUCUACCCCGAAAUCUGCUCAAACCCUUUUAAUUAAUUUAAGUUAUUAAAAGAGGUUUAUUAUUUGGACUCUGAAUUGGCAGGUCUACCCUUUUCACAUCCCUUUUCUCUGCGUUCUACAUACGUCUGUAUCUAUUUUGUAUGUUACUUAUUUUCAAAACUAUCUACAAUGGCUUAUUGUUGGCGACUAAAAAUUCGAAUUAAUGUUUUAUCUAACUUGUUUAAUCUAUCCGACGUCUGAACAUUUUUUCUAUUAAUAUCCUCGAUUUGGAAACGCCUACGGACGAAUUAUUUGUACACGCUCGUAAAUAAACGAGAUCCGGCGUUAAUUUAAUUCCAAGAUAGAAUUAUAAAUUGUAUGGUAACCAUGAUGUCAAACUUAUCGUAUUGUGUCUUGUAAUGCAAACGCAACGCGAAUUUUGAAUCUUAAGUCAAGAACAACUUAUUGUAUGUUUAUUUAUUAUAAAUACAUUAUACUUUGUUUUUAUGACGUGGUCGCUUAAUUAUGAUUAAGCCAUGUAGUGGUUAUUAUUCCAACAUACGCCAUCGUUUAGUCACUUGUCUAAAAGUCAAAGAUGGCUUAGUAUGUGGCGCCCUUGAAAUAAUCCUUUUUUAUUUUUCGAAAUGACGAGUUCCAUCCGUUGUAUUUGAAUACUAUUGUUUAAUUGGUAUAUUAUUCGAGAACCAUUGUAACUUAAUCAUUGCUAAAUAAGCUAAAUACUUAAUUUAAUUACAUAUUGAAGUAAGUAUUUUAUAUCCGAAUGAAAGGAAAACACAAGUUGACUAUUUCCAUAAUUUAAUAAUUCCAUUAUUCAGCAUUUAUGUAAACAAAGAAACCUGACAAUGUAAUUGUCAGUUUCAGACUCAAACGUACCUUUCGUCUGAGGUCUCAGACAAUAUACGAUGAUCGUUUUCAAAUUUAGAAACAGAGUUUCGUAAUUCGAAGCAGUGCGCAAUUUUGCCUCCCCACAAGUCGGCGUGUAGGUGUGUUUGUCUAAGCUUGCAGACAACGCAGGCAACGGUAAGCAAUUGUUUAUAUAUUCCCGUCAAACAAUAGCGGAUACUGUGCGUGGUGUACUGCAGAUAAAGCGUCAGGGGAUUAGGUACUGUCGAGUCUUCAAUAGGUUGAAACAAUCAACGCUUAUUACAAGGCUGAAAUACGACGCGAACCAACUUCGUCGACAAGACGAAAUGCAUUUCACACUAACGACAAAUGCAAUUUAACAUUAUAAGAUUACGAUAAAAUUGUGCGAGAAAAAUCAUUAUUUAGCGUUUACGCUACACUUCGAAUAGAUUUAUAUUUUACAUUCUGAUUUGAGUGUAUUUAUUGCGACUUUUAAAUCAAAAUUAUAAGCCUAAAAUGUGUUAAACCCAGCUGGCAAAUUACACAUUUCAAUGUUGUGAUCUAAACAAACAGGGCAAUGGGUUAUGUGAGUAGUAAUUCAUUCAUUCGUGUACGCGUGGGCUGUAGAAAUGGACUCGUUGAAAUGUUGACUGUUGCGAGACGGGGACGAUGUGCUGAAUAGUGGAAGUUAACCCUAAUUAGAUAUAUAAUCAUAUGUAAUAGAUGGGCUAUUUACACAUAAGGCACAGUCCUCGUCACGGAUCUUUAUGUUUGUGAAGUUAGCUGCGGAAUGCAGCGCCGGACCGAGGUAAAUUUUAGAAUAGAGCGAGAUCCAAUUAAGGCGCCUUUCGCGCACGUAAAUUCAUCACAUAAAUUUCUUUUCGAUCUUGUCUUUAACAUUUCGGCGCCCCCUAGGAUUUGGCGCCUGGAGCGACCGCUCCUUUCGCCGUAUGGACGGUCCGGCCCUGGCGGAAUGCGUGUGCGCAUUCGUACAGACGCGAGCACUAACUGCCCGCGCCGUUUGUACCGUUAUUGAUUCAUUGCGCAGUCAUCUGUUGCUAACUUCACAAACACAAUAUCUCGUGGCGGGCACUGUACUUGCUAGCAGUGGCGUAACAAUCAUUUUGAGGCCCAUGGCAAGCAGGUGCCUAUAUAAAACGAGGCUCCUCAAUAUGGCAAAUAAAUUUUAUCAAGUCCUUGUAACUUAGGGCCUAUCUGCCAGAGGACGGUGACAUUUGGCCGACUUGUCACCUUGUAUUUGUAGUUACGCCACUUCUAGCUAGGGCUCUGUGCGACAUUGUAACAGGAUCACCACUGUCGUAACUGUGACGUCUCAACACAUUUCUUACGUAGACGCGAUUACAAUGUCAAUAAGUCCAGGAUUUACCGCGAGUGAGAUAAUUUAUUUAUUUUAUGCGACUUGCAGCAGGAUAGGGAGUGCAGUAUAUUUUGAUAUAAUAGUACAAGUUUAUUUUUAUGUGAUACGAUUGAGUAUGAGGGUUGAUUAAUGGUGGUCGUGGACUAGAUAAAUACUAAAAUAGCUUCUAAGCAAAAUGAAAAUUGUAUUGAAUCUUUACUAUGUUAAAAAUUAUAUUAUUCGCAAUGUCCUAGAUGCCUAAAAAUCUCCUGGCCAAACUAUCAUUAAUAUUUGUUAGUCGGUUAACUUGUAUAUUAUGUGUACUGAUGAAUAUUCUAGGAAGAAUAGAGAUAUAACCUAUUUACUAUUUUUAAACUCUAGAUUUUACGUGCAAAGUUUUGUAAAAGUCAUCCAUAAUUUCUUUAAUUACACGUGUAUGUUAUUUGAAGGAAUAAUCCUAAUUCAAUUCGAUAAAUGUGGUAAGCCAAUUUAGCGAACAUUUAACAGAAGGUCAAGAGUUAUAUUACAAACGGUAUACGGUAGUUCAUUCCGAAUUAACUCAAUUAAGAGUUUGCUCCUUGUAUAAUUUGGUAUUUUAUUAAAAAAAAAAUGUUUUUAGUAUAAGGUACAAAAUCUGGCUGUGUUCAAUAUGUAUAUUCUACUUAAUAAUUCUUCAAUAAAAAAGUAAUAAACCUAUUUAUUUAAGUGUUUUUGUUUAUUACUUUAAUUAUUCACCUUUAGGCAAAUAUCGAUUAUCUUACAGACUAUUUAAAUAUUUUUUUUUACUGGUACUGGUAAUUAUUGUUUGUAAUUUUGUUGGUUGGUUGUAAAGUUGAUGGUAAAGCGUUUUUCUAUUAAAAUUGCAUUAAAUAAAUAAAUCGUAAUAUUUUAGCUUAAUUUCCGGUAUAAGUUGCUUUUGUAUUCAUUGUAAAUUUUUUAAACAAUUUAGUUGCUUUGAUUUAUAUUUUUAAUACAUUUCAACGGCCCCAUCAUACAUUAAUCAAUUCUCAUACUAUUAUUAAAAGAAAAGUUAUAGAAAGUUACACUGUGAUUGUAUUUGGAAAUAGGGACAUUUUGUGUAAUUCAUCGAAGAUUUAAACCGUUAGACGCGUAAGCGUGAUUAAUUUUUAUGUUUUGUGUGUUUUUAUAUAAUUUUCGAUGUAAGAUAGGUAUAAGGUUUUAUUCGUUGCAGGACAAUAUUAAUUUAAAAAUGUAUUCUGUACAUAUUAAUGUAAGGACUAACGAUUUAAAUCAUCGAUAACGAUCACUAAUCAUGCUUCUAUGUUGAUAAAUAAAUCUCGUUGUAGUCAA